UGAUGAUAACCUGGAUCUUGGACCUAAGCCAUUGGGACUGAACAGGGGCAAGGGUUAAUUGCUGGAUCUAAGACCAAAAGGAAUUCAGCGGAUCUUGAGGUUUAUAACAAAAGGAAGCACAAUGAAAUCUUUCUGCUACAUGAUGUUGAACAAAUGAUACAGAACUUAUUCUGUGCACAGAAAAACUGGUAUAUAUGGCAGGACUUAUGCCUGGAGAGUUGCCAAAUCAUGGACCAUCUGAUGGCAACUCGGGUAAAAGUUCUAAAGACAAGCAGGAGGAAUCGUUAGGUCGCUGGUAUAUGUCUAGAAAAGAAAUAGAGGAACAUUCCCCAUCAAGAAAAGAUGGGAUUGACUUGAAGAAAGAGACAUAUCUGCGCAAGUCAUACUGCACAUUCUUGCAGGAUUUAGGCAUGAGACUUAAAGUGCCUCAGGUAACUAUAGCAACUGCCAUAAUAUUUUGUCAUCGAUUCUUUCUCCGACAAUCUCAUGCAAAGAACGACCGAAGGACCAUUGCAACGGUUUGCAUGUUCCUUGCUGGGAAGGUUGAAGAGACUCCUCGGCCACUGAAGGACGUUAUUCUUGUUUCUUAUGAGAUCAUUCAUAAGAAGGAUCCUGCAGCUGCACAGAGGAUUAAACAGAAGGAAGUGUAUGAACAACAAAAAGAAUUAAUUUUACUUGGUGAGAGGGUUGUGCUUGCCACUUUAGCUUUUGAUCUGAAUGUUCAACAUCCUUAUAAACCUCUUGUGGAGGCCAUAAAGAAGUUCAAUGUUGCUAAGAAUGCCCUUGCUCAAGUGGCGUGGAACUUUGUUAAUGAUGGGCUGAGGACAUCGCUCUGCCUGCAAUUUAAGCCACAUCAUAUUGCGGCAGGUGCCAUUUUCCUUGCUGCCAAGUUCUUGAAAGUGAAGCUUCCAUCAGAUGGUGAGAAGGUUUGGUGGCAAGAGUUUGAUGUCACCCCACGUCAAUUAGAGGAAGUUAGCAAUCAAAUGCUGGAACUCUAUGAGCAGAACAGAAUUCCACCAGCACAGGGAAGUGAAGUAGAAGGAAGUGCUGGAGGUACAAGAUCUGCUACAAAGGCUCCUGCGGUAAAUGAGGACCAGGCGUCAAAGCAAAUAUCAUCUCAAGCUCCCCAGCACUCAUCUGUGGAAAGAACUGUGGUACCUCAAAGAGGAACUGAGAACCAAAGCAACGAUGGAAGUGCAGAAAUGGGCAGUGAUAUUACUGAUCACAAAAUGGACUUGGAUAAUAGGGAGUCUCAGAAUUCGGAACAGUUGACUCAGAAAGAUAACAAGAGAGAAAUGUCAAAUAGAUCUAAAUCUGGCUCUGAACGAAUAGUCGCAGGAGACCAAGAGAGAAUGGUUGGGACUAAGGAGGGUGCAGAAGUUGGAAGGAGAGAUGAAUCAGCAUUAUACAAUUCUGGCAGCAAUGGUGGUAGAAAUAUGGAGCGUCGCGAAGGCCCUAUAAGUCAUUCACCGAAAGAA